UACAGAGAGACACCACAGCCAUGGCGAGCCUGAAGCUCCCACAUCCUUUACGCAAUGCCUGCCAUGUCCUUCCACUUCCAGCUUCGAGCUUAUUGCCCAACUCAACAUUCCCCUUCUACAGAGGCCGCAGAGUUUCCGUUUCCACCGGCUUUAUCACAUCAUCAACCGUAGCCCUCUUUUCUCCCAAUAUCUUUCCCUCCAGGCACUGCAGUGUAAAACAAGCUCGGAGCACACAAUUUAGCACUAGAAGUACAUCAGAUGCUGUACAGUCUGAAACGGAUAAUCUGGUGGAGGAUAAGGCUAAGGAUCUGUCCCCAAGUGGGGAUUCUAUACGCCGUCGAUUUAUUGAUUUUUAUGCUAAACGUGGUCAUAAGGUUCUUCCAAGUGCCUCUCUUGUGCCAGAUGAUCCCACAGUUCUACUCACCAAUUGCAUGAAUGUUCCAAACAACUAUGAAACUGACCUGAUUUAUCCAAUUAUAGAGAAGACCUCAGAAUUGGCAAAUGUAUCAUAUAGCUUAGCUGAUGAUAAUUCAAAAUUGAACCUCAAAAUCAUAGGAGAUCAUACACGUGCAAUUGUCUAUCUCAUUUCAGAUGGUGUUGUUCGUUCAAAUAUUGGAAGGUAUGUGGUUUGACGGCUAAUCAGAAGGGCUGUUCGUAUUGGUAGGAUGCUUGGUAUUAAGGGGGAUGGUCAGGGAAACCUUGAAGGAGCAUUUUUACCUAUCAUUGCAGAAAAAGUAAUAGAGUUGAGCACCCAUAUAAAUCCGGAUGUAAGAGGUAGAGCAGCCCGUAUUUUUGUAGAGUUAAAAAGGGAAGAACUAAAAUUUGUACAGACAUUGGAGAGAGGUGAAAAGCUACUUGACCAAAUGCUAGUUGAGGCAUUAUUAACUGCCAAAGAAAGUGGAACCAUACCAUGCUUGUCUGGCAAAGAUGCGUUUCUUUUGUAUGAUACAUAUGGGUUUCCUGUCGAAAUAACGACAGAAGUGGCUGAAGAACGUGGUGUAGGUAUAGAUAUGCAUGGUUUUGAUGUUGAAAUGGAAAAUCAAAGGCGGCAAUCUCAGGCUGCACAUAGUGCUGUUAAACUUGCCAUGGGAAAUAGUGCAGAUGUUACAAAGAAUAUUCCAGACACUGAGUUUCUCGGGUAUGAAAGCCUUUCUGCAAGAGCAGUAGUGGAAAGUAUUUUAGUGGAUGGGAAUCCAGUCGUACAGGUUUCAAAAGGAAAUGAUGUAGAUGUAUUGUUAAACUGAACUCCAUUCUUUGUAGAAUCUGGUGGUCAGAUUGGAGAUAAUGGAUGUUUAUAUAUUCCAGGUGAAAACCAACUUGAUGUUGUUAUGGAAAUAAUAGACGUACAAAAAUCAUUGGGUAAUAUAUUUGUACACAAGGGUACAAUCAGAGAGGGAGUUCUAGAGGUUGGCAGAGAAGUUGAAGCGGCAGUAGAUGCAAGACUCAGGCAACGAGCUAAGGUGCAUCAUACUUCUACUCAUUUGCUGCAAUCUGCACUAAAGAAAGUUAUAGGUCAGGAUACUUCACAAGCUGGUUCACUGGUGGCUUUUGACCGUCUAAGAUUUGAUUUCAAUUUCCACCGGCCAAUCACUGGCAGUGAGCUUGAAGAGAUUGAAAAAUUGGUUAAUAGAUGGAUUGGGGAUGCAACAUCGCUUCAAACUAAAGCGAUGCCUCUUGCUGAUGCAAAAGAGGCAGGGGCUAUAGCAAUGUUUGGUGAAAAAUAUGGCGAAGAGGUAAUGUUCAAAAUAAUUUCAGAGCAGGGUAUCGCAUUUGGAGUCAGGCGAAUAGAAGCUGUGGCUGGUGAAGCGUUUAUUGAAUAUGUCAAUUCCAGAGAUUAUUAUAUGAAACAGCUGUGUUCCACCCUCAAAGUGAAAGCUGAAGAAGUAACAAACAGAGUAGACAAUCUAUUAGAGGAGCUACGAAUGACAAGGAAUGAAGUUUCUAGUUUGCGUGCAAAGGCUGCUGUUUAUAAAGCAUCACACUUGGCUGCCAAGGCAGUUUCUGUGGGAACUUCAAACAAUAUCAGGGUACUAGUUGAAUCUAUGGAUGACAUCGAUGCUGAUUCACUAAAAAAGGCAGCUGAAUCUCUGAUAGAUACGCUACAAGAUCCGGCCGCUGUAAUAUUGGGCUCUUGUCCAGGUGAUGAGAAGGUAAGCUUGGUUGCAGCAUUCACUCCAGGGGUUGUGAAGUUGGGACUACGGGCAGGGAAGUUUAUAGGGCCUAUAGCUAAGCUGUGUGGUGGGGGGGGGGGGGGGGAGAGACCCAAUUUCGCUCAGGCAGGUGGGAGGAAGCCUGAGAAUUUGUCUGAUGCACUUGAAAAGGCUCGAUCAGAAAUCUUCUUACUUCUCUCUGAAAAGGCAAGUUAAAGUCUUUCAAGCCAGCCGUGUACAUGUGAAGGGUUUCUCAUGUUCAUUU